AUGAAUAAAGAAACAUUCCCGCCAUACAAAGUGCAAUCAAUUGAGCUCGCUGAGAUAGGAGAGGAGGCAAUUCUGUUUGCAAAGAAUGAAAUGCCUGGAAUUAGGUAUCUGUCUGAGAAGUACAGAGAGACAAAGCCUCUAACAGGCGCCAGAAUAUCCGGAUGUCUUCACAUGACCGUCCAGGCAGCAGCCAUGAUUGAGCUCCUUGUGGAAAUGGGGGCUGAGGUAGCUUGGUGCUCAUCAAAUGUUCUGAGCACAGAAAACAAAGCCGCAGCUGCUCUUGCAAGCAGAGGGCUAAGCAUAUAUGCAUGGAAGGGCGAAACAGACGAGGAGUACAAGUGGUGCAUUAGAGCUGUUUUAUCCAAAUGGGAAAACGGCCCAAACUUGAUAAUCGAUGACGGAGGAGACCUUACAAACCUUCUUCACACGGAGUACACUCAUUUAAUACCAGGCAUCAUAGGGCAGACAGAACAAACCACCACAGGAACGCACAUUCUGCAAAAAAUGCACGAAAGCGGAAUCCUUAGAAUCCCAGCAAUCUGCAUCAACGAAAGCGUGAUGAAGAGCAAGUUUGAUAACAUCUAUGGAUGCAGGGAGUCUUUGACAGACGGAAUAAAGAGGGCAACCGACGCCAUGAUUGCAGGAAAGAGAGUGCACGUGUGCGGAUUUGGAGAUGUUGGAAAGGGGUGCGCGCAGGCAAUGGCCAAAAUGGGCGCAGUUGUGACAAUUUCUGAGAUUGACCCAAUAUGUGCCAUGCAGGCUGUGAUGGAGGGAUACCAAAUAAGAAGAGUUGACCAGGUCGCCCCAGAGGUAGACAUAUGGGUAACAGCAACUGGAAACAGAGACAUCAUCACAUCAGAGGACAUUCUUCGCAUGAAGAACAUGGCAGUUCUUUCCAACAUAGGACACUUCAAUGUAGAGAUCGAUGCAGACUGGAUCUACAAGAACGCAGUGAAGAGAGUGCCUAUGGGAAACAAUGCAGAGAGGAUUGUCCUGCCAAACAACAAGUCAGUUAUUCUGCUGGCGGAAGGAAGGCUUGUUAAUCUGGGAUGCGCAACAGGACACUCCAGCUUUGUGAUGAGCACAAGCUUCUGCUGCCAGACGCUUGCAGCCAUGCGGCUUUGGAGGGACUUCAAAGCAGGAAGUGAGAACAGAGGGGCAGUUCUAUUCUUAACAAGAGAAGAAGACGAGGAGAUAGCAAGAAUGCACCUUGAAGGGCAGGGACACUCUCUAACCAAGCUGUCGCAAACACAGGCAGACUACCUCAACAUUCCAGUGGCAGGCCCAUACAAGAGUGCAAGCUAUAAAUACUAG